AUGUCCGAUGAUUUGGUUUGUCUGGUUUGUGGCGACCGAGCACUCGGCAAGAAUUUCGGUGCCGUUACGUGUGAGUCGUGUAAAGCAUUCUUCCGGAGAAAUGCCCACAAAAUCAAACUAUUUGUGUGUAGUUUCAACAACAAAUGCCAAUUAGACUCAAUCACCAGAAGAUUCUGUCGCACGUGUCGACUCACAAAAUGCUUUGAUAUCGGAAUGAAAGAGGAUUGGAUAUUAAAUGAUUUGGAGAGAGAGGAAAGACGUCUGAAGAUUGAGUCGAGACGUCUUAAGCGAAAACGUAGCCAAUCCAAUGAUAUUAGUCAUAAGAGCAGCAAAUCUACUGUUUCCUCAUCACCCGAAGCUUGUAUCACAUCCACUGGUGAUGAUAGCCCUGACACCAGUAACUCAACUCUCAUAUUAUGCAACAGUAGUGGCGCUGAAGACUCGCCAAAUAAUUGUCAACAAAUGUCUGCCAAAGUGUUUGAUCCGCACUAUAAGGUCACAGACAAUGCCUGUCAAAGUGUGGUUGAGUUUGACUUCGCGGUUAUCCCUAUCGCCCGACCCAUCACUGACUACAACAACAACUUCAAUGAGAAUGAGUUCCUUAGGCUCCAGGAGCUGUUGUCGGCCACCAAUCAUAUGCAGCGAAACUUCAUACCAGUGGCCACUGAAGAGCCCAAACAAUUCAACGACUUUUUGAAUUGUCUGCUCCGGAAGUGUGAGAAUGAUAUCCCGGUUAUUGUGAAGAUGUGUAAGAGUUUGCGCGGAUUCAACACCAUCUGCGGGUCCGACCAGAUCUCACUCCUUAAGUUAGGGGCACUCGAAGUGAUUUUAUUCAGAAUUAUGGUCACCUUUGACCGCAACACCAAUUGCUAUAUUGUGGUCGAGGAUAACAAAUCAACCAGGCUCAGUUUGGAAUUUUGGAAGUGCUCGAGUGAAGCGAGAAAAUAUACCGGUCAUAGUAACUGGAUCAACAAAAUGUUUAGCCAAUGGGAUGGCGACCCUAUUAUUUUGGAUUUGUUAACGGCAAUAUUGCUAUUCAAUCCAAACCGGCCUAACCUCCAACAUGUCGAGGCUAUUAAACUUCAACGGCACUGUUAUAUGCAUUUACUCAAUCGAUACCUACUAUUGAAAUACCGGUCCGAUUGCGAGGCUAAGACGCGACUCUUAUUUUUUAUGAGUAAUUUUGAUGACAUUCACGACUUGAGUGUAAGACACGCCACCUCUUUCAUGCGGGGCUACCCGAACCUCCCGAACCCCUUUCCCCUUCUCAAAGAGAUUUGUGACAUCAAUACAACUAACACUAGCAAGAAUUUCGGUGCCGUUUCGUGCGAGUCAUGCAAAGCAUUCUUCCGAAGGAAUGCCCACAAAAAGGAUAGUAUUUGGUGUCAUUUCAACAGCAACUGUCGCAUAGACCCCAUCACCAGAAGAUUCUGUAAAUUCUGUCGAUUGAAGAAAUGCUUUGUCGUCGGAAUGAAAGAGAGUUGGAUAUUAAGCGAUGAGGAGAAGGAGGAGAGAAGACUCAAAAUCGCGACAAACCGUCAAAAGUUGAGUCAACGCCACAAAGCUAUCAAUACUGAUGGGUCACCGCAGAUAGCAUCGGACACAUCCAGUGAUAGCCAUUUGACACAACAGUCGGAUCCCAGUGCUGAACAACCGGAUGACCUUUCACUCGACAUAUCGGAUGACUUAAUCAAAAUUAUAGCAGACAUUGAUUUAGACGACAUUCCCAUCGAGCGAUCCAUCGCUGAAAACCACAAACAGCUUAAUGACAAUGAAUUGGGUCGUCUCCAAGAAGUGAUCACUGCGUGCAACCAUUCCCUACUGGACCUCAUUCCUGUGGCCACAUCAGAGGCCACAGACUUUUAUGAGUUUAUUGGUUGUUUGCGAAAUAAGGGCGAAACGGAAAUACCACUUAUUGUGCGGAUGUGCCGCCAUUUGAGGGCAUUUGACACACUUUGUGGUGACGACCAGAUCUCACUUCUCAAGUUCGGGGCACUCGAGAUGUUGAUUCAGAGGCUUAUUUGCACUUAUGAUUCGGCCACCAAAUGCUUCAUUAUACCCCAGGGUGACAAAUCAACCAAGCUCAGUCUGGAAUUCUGGAGAUUCCAAGAGAGAAAAUAUACGGCAUAUAUGAACUUGUUGAGCACAAUGUCGAGUAAAUGGGAUGGAGACCCACUUGUCAUACAUUUGCUGACAAUUAUACUACUAUUUAACCCGGACCGUCCUAAUCUCACUCAUAAGGACACUAUUAAGUGA